AUGAGGUGCGACGAGUGCAGCAUAUUCCAAGAAAAACGCGCCGAAGACGAGACGGGGGCUCCGACCUCCACGCCCAGCUCUCGACUUUUCCCGCCGCAGACCAGCAUCGCCGCGCUCCCCAUCGAGCUGCUAGCCGAGAUCUUCGAGCUCGUCGUCAUCGAGGGCGUCGUGCGGCACGGCUUCCUCGAGACGGACUGCUCCGUGCGCCCAUCGAGCCAGGCGCACAAGCUGGGCCAGGUGUGCGCGCACUGGCGGCGGAUCGCGUACGGGACGCCGAAGCUGUGGAACAAGGCCCCGAUCUACGUGCGCCUGGGGACGGAGGAGCUGUCGCCGAGGCAUCUGGCGCAGCUCGGCGCGGCGCUGACGAGGAGCGAGCCGCUGUCGAUCGUCGUGGCCCUGAAGCACGCGGAGGGUGCGGACUCCGACCUCGUCGCUGCGCUGCGGGACCGAAUCGAAGAGGCCGUGCUGCCGACGACGGAGAGGUGGAGGGCGCUGUCUCUCACGGCACCGGACCUCGGAUCGUUGGCGCGCAAGUCGUUCCCAGGCCUCGAGAGCCUGCAUCUCAGCGGUUUGGCAAAGCAGCAAGACCCCAUCGACCAGUUCUUGGGAUGUUCGCGCCUGCGAAUGGUCCGGCUGCAACUACGGAAUACGCUGGAUAUGACCUCCGUGCUCCUUCCAUGGAGCCGCCUCACGACACUCUCUCUGCACGAAUCUUCGCUGGAUGUUUGCAGCUCCAUUCUGCAGUUGUGCACGAAUCUCGUCACGGCCCAGAUUUUCUCGAAAUCGUACCCCGCUGGCGCUUCCACAGUCGGGGCCGCGAGCAUCCAGACUCUCCCCUUCCUGCAGAACCUGGAGGUGAAUUGUCAGAUCCCGAAGGAGAGCCGAGACACGACGCAUCUCGGCGCCUUCCUCGCCCCAUUUGCGUUCCCCGCUCUCGCCUCGCUUUCGCUCACGUUCACGCGCGUCUUCUGGCGCACCGAGCAGAUCACGGCAUGCCUGGGCCGGUCUCCCGGGAUCGACACGCUGCAGCUCGCGCUGCCGGGGCAUGUGUCGGUCCAGCACGUGCUCGAGGUCAUCCGCUGUGCACCGAAGCUGCAAAGCUUGAGCGUCUCGCGCAAGGGACACACGGACGAUGCGCUGAUGAACGCGCUGUGUGUCAGCAGCAGCCCCAGCUCCGAGGAUGAAACUGGCGUACCGACUGUGCGGCUGCUGCGCACGCUCCGUCUGGACUGUGGCUUCAGACUGGAGUCGCUCGAGCGCCUGUUGCAGUCGCGUUCGGGGAGCACAAGCUCGUCUCUGCAGCAUCUUUAUGUGUACACUGGCUCGUGUCCCGGGAGACGAUGGGUCAAGCAGCUCCGGGCUAUGCUGAAGGAGUUCGAAGAAAAGGGCAUGAAGCUCCAUCUUGAAUACUGA